AUGAAAUUUUACGAAAGCUCUUUCAAUUAUGAUUAUACCUUUCCCGCCGUCACCUUAGCCUAUUUUCUCAGGUACCCGAACCCUUAUUCAAGACAUGUCUUGAGUACCGAUGUCAUUGAUCGCUAUGUCGAUCCCGAUACCCAGCGGUUACACACCCUCAGACUUCAUCUCAAAAAAUCGAAAGUCCCUGCAGGCAUUCUGAAAUUUCUCCCUGGUGGACUCGCAGGACCAAAUGGCUCCAGCCAAAGUUACAUUCUUGAAAGAAGCACAAUUGAUGUGAAAGAAGGUUGGAUGGAGACUGAAUCCAAAAACAUGGAAUGGACUGGAAUUUUGAGUGUUGUUGAACGCCAAAGCUAUAGACGGCAACGUCUCCCAGACUCUCCGGCAAUCGAUGGGCCCCAACCGAAAGAGACCACAUCCUGCCGGACCGUGGUCACUUUUGUAUCAAAGCUAGGUCAGGGCAAACUCCUGGGUCGCAAGAAGCAUGACCAAGCAAGCAGUUCCGAGGAUGAUGAAGCCCCCAAACAAGGAUUCUUUGCUUCCUGGUCCACAGCUGGCAUUCAGAGAACUGUCGAACUUAUCGGCGUCAAACGAACCAAGACCGCCUUGAUCAACGGAAAGGAAGGCAUGAAUGUUGUAUUAGAAAGACUGAGAAAUGGAGGGGUGGUUGCAGUCCUGGAGGGUAUGAGAAGAGAUCGUCAGGAAGCCCUUGGAGGCCCAGAUGGUCCCUAUAAACGGGCCUGGCUGAAAGGGCCGAAUGGUGACCAAGACUCCGAUUGA